AUGACUUCAUCACUGCCACCUUUGAAUCCCCUUCUUCAAGCAUGUGGAAAGCGGACACGAGACAUCUUCGCCUCCGGUCUGGACGAGACGUACAAGGAUGAGGAGAAAAGCGCGAGGAUACGGCUUUCCGUGAAAAUAAACGACGAGUACAAGGAGUACAAGCAACUUCCCGCACCUUUGCUCGCGCAACAAGGUCCAGUCGGCCCAGCAAAGCCUAAGGAACAGAGGAAAAUGAUCACCGCAGGACCGAGCACGGACACUGGUCGCAUGAUUGCCCAAAUAGAUAAUACCCCCGCGCCCCAACUCUCCACCUUCUCCUCCAACACCAACCUCACCCGCGCACUCCAGCUACAUAAAACAACGCGGACAAUCAAACCUACAUACCACCCACCAUGGAAGCUCGUGCGCGUCAUCUCAGGACACCUUGGCUGGGUACGCAGUGUCGCGGUAGAGCCAGGAAACAAGUGGUUUGCGACUGGAGCUGGAGACCGCGUCAUCAAAAUUUGGGAUCUUGCGUCGGGUGAGCUGAAGCUCUCAUUAACGGGCCACAUAUCGACAGUCCGUGGUCUGGCGGUGUCAUCAAGACACCCGUACCUCUUCUCUUGCGGAGAGGACAAGAUGGUCAAGUGUUGGGACCUUGAAGCUAACAAGGUCAUCCGACACUACCACGGUCACCUGUCGGGAGUAUAUGCGCUCAGUCUGCACCCAACACUGGACGUUUUAGUUACAUCUGGUCGUGAUGCGUCAGCACGUGUAUGGGACAUGCGGACGAAGGCGCAGAUUCACGUACUAUCCGGUCAUACGGCAACCGUCGCGGACGUCAAGUGCCAAGAGUCGGAUCCCCAGGUCAUCACCGGCAGUAUGGACUCGACCGUUCGGUUGUGGGAUCUCGCUGCGGGAAAGACCAUGGUGACACUCACCCACCAUAAAAAGUCUGUUCGCGCACUUGCCAUCCACCCGACAGAGUACAGCUUCGCGUCAGCGUCCGCAGGCGGGAACAAUAUCAAGAAGUGGAAAUGCCCUGAUGGCACGUUCGUUUUCAACUUUAGCGGGCACAACGCGAUCAUCAAUACCCUCUCCGUGAACUCGGAGGGUGUGUUCUUUUCGGGUGGGGACAACGGUACACUAACAUUGUGGGACUGGAACACGGGCACGGCGUUCCAGAACAUGGACGAUAUCCCGCAACCGGGUUCGUUGGAGGCGGAGGCGGGUGUGUUCUGUUCGACGUUCGACGUCACAGGGACGAGGCUGAUCACUGGUGGUGCGGACAAGACCAUCAAGGUGCGUCGUGAACGAAUGUCUGGCUCUGUGGAACGGUACUCAUAUCUGAUCACCACCAGGUCUACGCAGAGCAGGCGGGGCAGUAGGUUUCUGUUGUUUGUACUGUACAAUCUUGUAUCCUCUACCAUAUUAUCUGCUUAG